AUGGGCCAGGAACAACAAAUGCGAAGGUUAGGUGGUGGUCGUCGGUCUUCGAAGAACGUGCCGAUAUUCAGCCAUGAGUUCAUCAUCCAAAACCAUGCGGACAUCGUGUCGACGAUCGCCAUGGUGUUCGUCGCUGGAAUGAUGCUGCAAAUAACGGCGCCUUUGGCAUCAUGUUUCGUCAUCUUGCAGCACAACGUGACCACAAUCGAUGGCUCAUCUCCUCAGUGGUAUUACCAAGCUGGCUGGCGGGAUGUGGCGACGAUUUUUUUCUACAGCCUAAUCUGCAUUGUCGUCCAUGCUGUUAUUCAGGAAUAUGUCGUCGACAAACUGCAACGUAAGAUGCAUCUGUCGAAGACGAAAACCGCGAAGUUCAACGAGUCUGGGCAACUCAUCCCAUUCUGCCUGUUCACUGCAGCUUAUGCUGCUUACAUCGUCAGCGAGGAAAAUUAUUUGACCAAUAUAUCGUUAUUGUGGAAUGGCUAUCCGACAGAACAUCGACGGCUCACGUUUGCACAGAAGUUGUUUUUCAUCUUGCAGAUCGCGUAUUGGAUACACACCUAUCCAGAGUUCUACUUUCAAAAGUCGAAGAAGGAGGAUAUCCGAUCGCGGAGCUUUUUCGCUGCCCUACACCUGCUGUUCAUCGUUUGCGCCUACGCUCUCAACUUCACUAGGGUCGCCGUCUUCAUUUUGCUGCUUCACGCCAGUGCAGAUUUUCUUUUCCACGUAUGUCGCAUCGCCCAUUUCGCAGAGAAACAUCACUUCGCUGUGGCCGGGUUCAAGAUCUGGAACAUAUAUUUCGUUCUUGUUCGUUUGGGGUCAGCCACGCUAGCCAUGCUGACGUUUUGGUAUGGUAUGAAGUCGUCUGAAACUCCCAUCGUCGACCUACACGCCGGCAAUUUCAACACCGCCUUCAUUCGUCUGAACUCAUUGCUUGCCGUCUGUGGUCUUCAAGUAUGGAUGAUGUGGAACUUUAUCAACUUUCACUUUCGUCGCCUGCGUGAACGUUAUGUUCAGACGAAGUCGCACAGCCAGACGCGAUCCACAAAGAAAAAAAGUAUGUUUUCUCUACUUGUUUCUAAAUAUCCACAUUUAAUGCUUUUCCGUUUAGUAAAAUCCUGCAUUUUUUCUAAAUAAGG